UGGUUGCUCCGUAGUACGGCGGCCCGUAAGGGAGCACCCCGAGCGGGCUCCGGGACGCGCGCGGGGAGGCGGGCGGGCUAGCGGGAGGGGAUGGUGUGCGGGGCUGCGGCUCCUGCGUCCCUCCCCGCGCCGUGCGAGCUGCACUGAUUUGUCCCCGGGGCGGCAGCGCGGACCCGCCUGGAGAUGAGGCGUGUUUCAUCCACAUGCCAGAAAUGAUCCUAGAGAUAGCCAUGACGCUGUAGAAUACUUGAGACACUUGGGUGCAUCUGUAUAAGGGCGACGAUUAGCAAGGUAAAAGUGACAGAACCAUGGCUCAGUUCCCAGCACCUUUUGGAGGCAGCCUGGACAUCUGGGCCAUCACCGUAGAGGAGAGAGCGAAGCACGAUCAGCAGUUCCACAGUUUAAAGCCAAUAUCUGGAUUUAUUACUGGUGAUCAAGCUAGAAACUUUUUUUUUCAAUCUGGGUUACCUCAGCCUGUUUUAGCACAGAUAUGGGCACUGGCCGACAUGAAUAACGACGGCAGGAUGGAUCAGGUGGAGUUCUCCAUCGCCAUGAAGCUCAUCAAGCUGAAGCUGCAGGGCUACCAGCUGCCCGCCACGCUGCCCCCCGCCAUGAAGCAGCAGCCCGUCGCUCUUCCCACCGCGCCCACGUUCGGUAUCGGUGGCAUUGCCACCAUGCCGCCGCUCACAGCCGUGGCUCCCGUGCCAAUGGGCUCCAUCCCGGUCGUGGGAAUGUCCCCACCCCUCGUCUCCUCCGUUCCUCCAGCAGCAGUGCCUCCCUUGGCCAACGGGGCGCCCCCUGUGAUCCAGCCCCUCACGGCCUUCGCUCACCCCGCAGCCACAUUGCCAAAGAGUUCUUCCUUUAGUCGGUCUGGUCCAGGGACCCAACUGAACACCAAGUUACAGAAGGCACAGUCCUUUGAUGUGGCCAGUGGCGCUCCCGGGGCAGAAUGGGCCGUCCCACAGUCAUCCAGGCUCAAGUACCGGCAGUUGUUCAACAGCCACGACAAGACCAUGAGCGGACACCUGACAGGCCCCCAAGCAAGAACUAUCCUUAUGCAAUCAAGUCUACCGCAGGCUCAGCUGGCUUCAAUAUGGAACCUCUCCGACAUCGACCAGGACGGGAAGCUCACGGCCGAAGAGUUCAUCCUGGCCAUGCACCUCAUCGACGUGGCCAUGUCGGGCCAGCCGCUGCCCCCUGCCCUGCCCCCAGAAUACAUCCCGCCUUCCUUCCGGAGAGUCCGCUCUGGCAGUGGGGUGUCGGUCGUCAGCGCCGGCUCCGUGGACCAGCGGCUGCCGGAGGAGCCUGCGCUGGAGGAUGAACAGCAGCAGCUGGAAAAGAAACUGCCGGUCACCUUCGAGGACAAGAAGCGCGAGAACUUCGAGCGCGGCAACCUGGAGCUGGAGAAGCGGCGGCAGGCGCUCCUGGAGCAGCAGCGCAAGGAGCAGGAGCGCCUGGCGCAGCUCGAGCGCCAGGAGCAGGAGCGCAAGGAGCGCGAGCGCCAGGAGCAGGAGCGCAAGCGGCAGCUGGAGCUGGAGAAGCAGCUGGAGAAGCAGCGUGAGCUGGAGCGCCAGCGCGAGGAGGAGCGGCGGCGGGAGAUGGAGCGGCGGGAGGCGGCAAAGCGAGAGCUCGAACGGCAGAGGCAGCUGGAAUGGGAGCGGAACCGAAGGCAAGAACUCUUAAAUCAAAGGAACAAAGAGCAGGAGGACAUUGUCGUGCUGAAAGCCAAGAAAAAGACGCUGGAAUUCGAACUGGAAGCUCUUAACGACAAGAAGCACCAGCUCGAAGGGAAGCUGCAGGACAUCCGGUGUCGGCUGACCACCCAAAGGCAAGACAUCGAGAGCACGAACAAGUCUCGGGAGUUGAGGAUCGCCGAGAUCACCCACCUCCAGCAGCAGUUACAGGAGUCCCAGCAGAUGCUCGGGAGACUCAUUCCGGAGAAGCAGAUACUCAACGACCAACUGAAGCAAGUCCAGCAGAACAGUCUGCACCGCGAUUCCCUCCUCACACUCAAAAGAGCACUAGAGGCCAAGGAGAUCCUCCGGCAGCAGCUGCGAGACCAGCUGGACGACGUGGAGAAGGAGACGAGAUCCAAACUCCAGGAGAUCGAUAUUUUCAACAACCAGCUGAAGGAGCUGAGGGAAAUCCACAGUAAACAGCAACUCCAGAAGCAAAAGUCCAUGGAGGCCGAGCGGCUGAGGCAGAAGGAGCAGGAGCGAAAGGUCCUCGAGUUAGAAAAGCAGAAGGAAGAAGCCCAAAGACGAGCUCAGGACCGGGACAAGCCGUGGCUGGAGCGCGUGCAGCGGGACGAGGAGCUUCCGAGGCCCAGGAAAGCUGUGGAUGAGGAGAGCCUCAAGAGGGACGAGAGCGUCCGGAAGAAGGACGGGGAGGACAAAGGUGAGCCGGAGACUCAAGACCGGCUGAGCCGCCUCUUCCACCCACAUCCUGAGCCGGCCAAGCCUGCCGUGCAGGCGCCCUGGUCCACCGCAGAGAAAGGCCCGUUGACGAUUUCCACGCAGGAGAACGUGAAAGUGGUGUACUAUCGGGCUCUGUAUCCCUUUGAGUCGAGAAGUCACGAUGAAAUCACUAUCCAGCCCGGAGACAUCGUCAUGGUUAAAGGGGAAUGGGUGGACGAGAGCCAGACUGGGGAGCCCGGAUGGCUUGGCGGAGAACUGAAAGGAAAGACAGGCUGGUUCCCCGCCAACUACGCAGAGAAAAUCCCGGAGAACGAGGUCCCCGCCCCCGCCAAGCCCGCGCCUGACCUGUCCUGCACCCUGGCCCCCAAGCUGGCUGUGCGGGAUGCCCCCACCCAGCCUGCCACCACCUCCGCAGAGCCCUCCGCCACCCCCAACAACUGGGCCGACUUCAGCUCCACGUGGCCAUCCAGCUCUGGGGACAAGCCCGAGACCGACAACUGGGACGCGUGGGCAACGCAGCCGUCCCUCACCGUGCCGAGUGCCGGCCAGCUCAGGCAGAGGUCGGCCUUCACCCCAGCCACCGCCACCGGCUCCUCGCCCUCUCCCGUGCUGGGCCAGGGUGAGAAGGUGGAGGGGCUGCAGGCGCAAGCCCUGUACCCGUGGAGGGCCAAGAAGGACAACCACCUGAACUUCAACAAGAACGACGUCAUCACCGUGCUCGAGCAGCAGGACAUGUGGUGGUUCGGGGAAGUCCAGGGCCAGAAGGGCUGGUUCCCCAAGUCUUAUGUGAAGCUCAUUUCGGGGCCCGUCAGGAAACCCACCAGCACCGACUCGGGUCCAUCGGAAAGUCCAGCCAGUCUGAAGAGAGUGUCGUCCCCCGCCACCAAAACGGCUGCUGCCGGCGGAGAUGAGUUUAUUGCCAUGUACACUUACGAGAGUUCUGAGCAAGGCGAUUUAACCUUUCAGCAAGGGGACGUGAUUCUGGUCACCAAGAAGGACGGUGACUGGUGGACAGGAGCGGUGGGCGCCAAGACCGGAGUCUUCCCUUCUAACUAUGUGAGGCUUAAGGACGCCGAGGGUGCCGGGACCUCCGGGAAAGCCGGGAGUUUGGGGAAGAAGCCGGAGAUCGCCCAGGUCAUUGCUUCCUAUGCGGCCACCGGCCCCGAGCAGCUGACGCUGGCCCCCGGGCAGCUGAUCCUGAUCCGCAGGAAGAACCCCGGCGGCUGGUGGGAGGGGGAGCUGCAGGCACGGGGGAAGAAGCGCCAGAUCGGCUGGUUCCCGGCCAACUACGUCAAACUCCUAAGCCCCGGGACCAGCAAAAUCACCCCCACAGAUCUGCCCAAGCCCGCAGCGUCCCCGGCAGUGUGCCAGGUGAUCGGCAUGUACGACUACACGGCGCAGAACGACGACGAGCUGGCCUUCAGCAAGGGGCAGCUCAUCACCGUCCUCAACAAGGAGGACCCCGACUGGUGGAAGGGCGAGGCCAACGGCCACGUGGGCCUCUUCCCGUCCAACUACGUGAAGCUGACCACGGACACGGACCCCAGCCAGCAAUGGUGCUCCGACCUCCACCUCCUGGACAUGCUGACACCCACCGAGCGGAAGCGGCAGGGCUACAUCCACGAGCUCAUCGUCACCGAGGAGAACUACGUCAACGACCUGCAGCUCGUCACGGAGAUCUUUCAGAAACCCCUGAUGGAUUCUGAGCUGCUGACAGAGAAAGAGGGUGCUAUGAUUUUUGUUAACUGGAAGGAGCUGAUUAUGUGUAAUAUCAAACUACUGAAGGCGCUGAGGGUCCGCAAGAAGAUGUCGGGGGAGAAGAUGCCCGUGAAGAUGAUCGGGGACAUCCUCACGGCCCAGCUGCCGCACAUGCAGCCCUACAUCCGCUUCUGCAGCUGCCAGCUCAACGGGGCCGCCCUCAUCCAGCAGAAGACCGACGAGGCCCCCGACUUCAAAGAGUUCGUCAAGAGACUCGCCAUGGACCCCCGCUGCAAAGGCAUGCCGCUCUCCAGCUUCAUCCUGAAGCCCAUGCAGCGCGUCACCAGAUACCCCCUCAUCAUCAAGAACAUUCUCGAGAACACCCUGGAAAACCACCCAGACCACAGCCACCUGAAGCACGCCCUGGAGAAGGCCGAAGAGCUGUGUUCCCAGGUGAACGAAGGAGUGCGGGAGAAGGAGAACUCGGACCGGCUGGAGUGGAUCCAGGCCCACGUGCAGUGUGAAGGCCUGUCGGAGCAACUUGUGUUCAAUUCAGUGACCAACUGCUUGGGGCCGCGCAAGUUCCUGCACAGCGGCAAGCUCUACAAGGCCAAGAGCAACAAGGAGCUGUACGGCUUCCUCUUCAACGACUUCCUGCUGCUCACCCAGAUCAUCAAGCCGCUGGGCUCCUCGGGCACCGACAAGGUCUUCAGCCCCAAGUCCAACCUGCAGUACAAGAUGUACAAGACGCCCAUUUUCCUCAAUGAGGUUCUGGUGAAGCUCCCCACCGACCCCUCCGGCGACGAGCCCAUCUUCCACAUCUCACACAUCGACCGGGUCUACACCCUGCGGGCAGAAAGCAUCAACGAAAGGACCGCCUGGGUGCAGAAAAUCAAGGCUGCUUCCGAACUGUACAUUGAGACGGAGAAGAAGAAGCGGGAGAAGGCGUACCUGGUUCGCUCCCAGAGGGCCACCGGCAUCGGGAGGCUGAUGGUGAACGUGGUGGAGGGGAUCGAGCUGAAGCCGUGUCGCUCUCAUGGGAAGAGCAACCCAUACUGCGAGGUGACCAUGGGCUCACAAUGCCACAUCACUAAGACCAUCCAGGACACCUUGAACCCCAAGUGGAACUCCAACUGCCAGUUCUUCAUCAGAGACCUGGAGCAGGAAGUCCUGUGUAUCACCGUAUUUGAGAGGGACCAGUUCUCUCCUGAUGAUUUUUUGGGUCGCACAGAGAUUCGCGUGGCUGACAUCAAGCGGGACCAGGGUUCCAAGGGUCCGGUCACCAAGUGUCUCCUGCUGCACGAGGUCCCCACGGGCGAGAUCGUGGUCCGCUUGGACCUGCAGCUCUUCGAGGAACCCUAGACAGCGUGGCCCCGGGCCGCCCUCCGCCAGCUUCUGGCCCGGGCAGGGAGCACAUCUAGAAAGGGGGGUGGGUCUUCCCCGGCCCUCAUUCUGUGUCCCAUGGUGCAGGGGGACGGGCCCCGCCGCAGGCUUCUAGGACAGCUUCACGACAAUCCUCUCCCCCGCCCCAGACGAGUCCAGCCCUACAUUCUUCUGAGACAGAUCUGCCUCCCGGGGUUCCCCCGCCCCCCUUCCUCGCUGCUGCUGCUCCUCCCGUGGCUUCGGGGUGGGGUCGAGCGGGAGUGAGGCUCGCGGGUCGGCUGCAGGCCCGGCUCUCUUUAUGUAAAAUAGAUUUAUAAAUGUCGUGACUUUUUUUUUUUUUUUUUGGAGAACUCACGUUCCCCUCUGAUGUCUUACCUCUACUGGUCCCUCCAGGUCGGCCCCUGGCCUGUGCUGCCUUGUGCGUGGCAGGGCGUGGAGGGUGUUUCGGAAACUCUAACCCUGGUAUCAUCUUCGCUCCCCCUCAUCUCCAUCUCCUUCCCCUAUGGGAGCUUGGCUGUGCCACCCCCCCCCCACCCCCCAAGCGGCUGAGCUGGGCAGAGGCUCUCCUGGCGGGCCUCUUGGAGGAGGUGUGUGGCCAGUCAUUCUAGAGCAUACCGCAUCCUUUCCAGGGUGCUGUCAUGGAAACCCAUUACUGAUUCCCACCUGGAGCGCUGGCAGGUGGCGAAGGAAACGUGUUCUCCACUUAGUCGCGCUCUGAUGGGGGCUGGUACCAUUCAAAGUGCCCAGCGGGCUCCUUGAGCACUGGCCAGCUCCCAGUGUCCAGUAUAGCUGGGCGACCCUCCUGGGCCUGAGAUCCGGGGCACAGGUGCCUGACGAGGGUCGAGAAGGGUGACGAGCUCUGAGUUGGAGUGUGCCGAGUCCUGAUACUGUCCCGGUGACCUCAGCAGCUGUCCUUGGGGUGCCCCUACCAGAAGGAUUCCCCUGUGGUGUAGAAUGCAAGAGGUGACAAUCUGGAGGCGGGUGGGGGUGCAUUGCCCCGUUGGGGGUCUGGCCCUCUUCUCUGCACCCCUGCACUGCCCGCAGCCAACUUCUCGGUCCUGGAGCCCGGGUGUGGGCGGUCAGAGCUAGCCAAGUUGUUGGGUUGCGGUGGUCUGCCUUUGUGGCCGGGGAGGCGGGUUCCGUAGACCACCAGGCUGUGGCUAAUGGGCAGGGUGGGCUGACUUCAGGCCCCCUGGGAAGGUUCUCAUCCCAUCAGUGUUCUGUGGUGUGGAUUGUGAUUUGCAUGUUCUCGUGGGCCGGUCCGUGUGCUCUGGGGCUGGACUCUGGGCUGUCAGGGGGUGAGGGUGUGAGGGUGGGGUGCUUGCUGGGUGCCCCGAGGAGGCUCUUGGCGAGGAAUUGGCUGCCGAGAGUCCCCGUGGCCCACUGAGACUCCUGCCCUAUUCCGGGCCACUUUCCGAUGGCGAGAGUUUACACGUCAGACUUCGAAGAAAACACUUUAUAAUUUAUUUAUGGGAAAUAGCAUAGACUUUUGUAUCCAGAGCCCCCACAUGUAUUUUUCGGGAAACCAGCAGACUCUACCUUAGAGUUAGAAACUUUCAGCCUUUCUCGGCCGACUCGGAUGGGCAACCUGGUGUCUUGCUUCCUCGGGAAAGCAGAGCUGUCAUCCCGGCCAUGUCUGUUGUUCAGUUUUUUGUUUUGUUUUGUUUUGUUUUAUGAGCUUGUGAAGACGCUUUGUAAGGCAAAUCUCUGAGUGCCCAUAGUGCUCGGGCACUCUUCCUCCUCGAACCAGUGCAGACCACCCUGGGUGCUGUGGAAGGAUACUGACCUAGUGGGGGACAAGGAGCAAAAAGCGUGUGGGGUCCUCCCCCUCCUUUCUAUUCUUUCCUUUUCCUUCCUCUCGGUUCUCGGUGCAUGGUGCUCUGGGGCAUCUGUUCACAGCUGCACACACCGGUAUCAUUGGAUAAACCUUUGCCCCGUCACUCAGAGAACCCCAUUCUUGUCCUCCGCAAUUGCACGAGAAAGCAAUAUGUCUCUUUGAUCCAAUGACUAAACCGAGUGCCCCAGGAAUGCCCCCGUGGGGUAGUGACUCUGGGUUUGUGCAAUGUCCUUGUCCCCACGGGUCUUGAUUUGUCCCACGCCCCAUUGUAUCAAGGAAGGAGAUCAGCUUCACUCUCUCUCUCCCUUUGUCUCGCCUUGAGUACGUUGGGGUGGAAUGUCGGACCGCCCUCUGACCUCUCCUCCUUCACUCCUGCCUUUGAGUGACAUUCACAGAGAUUAAAUGCUCCUUGCCAGGGCCCUAGAACUAGUAUCAGGGGUACGGCGCCUUGCAGGGCAGCUGACCCGCUUCCAUUCCUGGCACCCCCCUACAGUUCCCUGCACCCCAGAAGGAGUUGAUCCCUGAGUCCUACCAAGUAUUGCUCCCAAACAAACAAAAUGACAUCCCUCAUCUAUAAGCAAUCAGCUUUCCAGCUCUUGGCUUCGUAAGGUGGGCUCUGCAGACCCACCGGGCGUUCAGAGCCCGGGGCUCCCGAUGCCCCGCUGAGUUUCCCUCGUUUCUGAGCCAUCCUCACCCCCUUCUCGCGCCGCCAGGUCUCUGCUCAGGGGACUGUGCCUUGAAGCCAGGAGCCCUGCACCUGGGGCUGUGGGUCGACCAGCACUCCGUGGGCACCAGGGGUCCCAAGAUGCCUUCCCAGACAGCAUCUGCGGGUCACAUCCUGGCUGGCCUGAUGUGACAAGAGGGCCGGGUAGGAGUCAUGGAUUCCCCCAGGUUCAGUAGCACCGAAGUUAAGUGGCGGGGUUUGUGGGGGGGGAUCCCCAUCAGAAAACGGGUUUGUUGACCAGUCUCAUUGAUCUUGGUGACCUUGUGCCAGAGCACUGGGUGCCUCUGGAUUGUGGCUGGAGCACUCGAGCUCUCUGGGUGCCGAGCCUCUGAGGACAGAUGGCAGUGGGCCUUGCUCCCCGAGGCUGGAGGAGUCGCCGUGUCUCUGGGAGGUGACUGGUGCCAGCCUGGAGCCACCUACCAUACGGAGGACGGAGUGGGGGUGUUUCCAGACCCCACCCAGCUGGGGUGACCAGAGGGCCUGACUGAGGUGCUUUUGUUUUUCACAGAAAGGCAGAGACCCUAGGGGACAAGAGGAAUCCGCCUCUCACUCAAGGGAGAUCUUCCGCUCUCAGUUUGGUCAGUUUUCAUUCAGAGAAGGUGUGUUUUGUGUGUGCAGCCGUUUAAAGGAAUAUCCAGGGCUGGAGAGAGAUUCUGUGGGUUAGAGUGUACGAGUGCGUGCAGGACACCUGGGGUGACCCCUGGCACCACAUGGUUCCCUGGAGCUUCAGGGAGCCCCGAGCAUCAGGCUGGCUGGGUGAGACCCCCGAUAGCUCUGAGCUGGGAGUAGCCCCUGAGCAGGCCCGGGUGUGACCCCAAAUAAGACAUGACAGAAAUCACCUCCAUGGCAGACAACAAUGAUUUACUUUGUUUUAUUUGUUAUUGCUAUUUUUCGCCUUUUUGGGUCACACGCAGCAAUACUCCGGGCUUACUCCUGGCUCUGCACUCAGGAAUCACUCCUGGCAGUGCUCAGGGGACCGUAUGGGAUGCUGGGGAUCGAACCUGGGUCGCAAGGCAAAUGCCCUCCCCGCUGUGCUAUAUCAUUCAGGCUCCCAGAGACUUACUUUGGGUUUGGUUUGCGUUCGCUGAUGUUGUUUCAGAUGCUUCCUCUGGGGGCUCCAGGAGCUUGGCAGCGGCUCGCUCAGGCUGACCAGCGUCUGGCGGGCAGGAGCAUAAUCAGUGAAUACAGAGGCUGGGAGGCAGUUCAGCCCUCAGCUGCUGGGCUCUGAGCUGCCUCCAAAGGAUUUGGGGGAAAAAAUUUAGCAUCAGGUGCUGCCUGAUGUUUCUGGAGGUGAGUUUCAUCUCACCUCCAGAAAUAGCCCAGGUUGGCUGCCAAGAUUCACCUGGCAGUGCCCUGGGGCCGACGGUUUGUGGAGGCUGCGGUGUGGUGCCGAGAUGGUCAGCAUGGCCAUUGGAGGAAAGUUCUAGCAUUGCUGGUGCUUGCUGACUCUGCUAGCCUGGGAGCUUUAAGGGCCCGACUCUGUCCUUGAGAGUCAGGACACCCGCUUCACGGGCACGCCACCCUGUCUUCUCUGGUGGAAACUGGAAUGCCAGCAGCUGAGGUACCUGGAAGGCUUGUCUCUGGGGUGGUGGUGUCUCGAGGCUGUCACAGCCUGACUGUAGGCCUGAUGUUUUAGUUAUUCAGUAACUUCCAGUGUCAAACAUUCAAUCUCCCCGAGAUGUGUCCAAUCUCAAGCACUUCCUCCGUGAAACGGAGGCCUCUUGGGGCCAGAGAGAUCAUCGUUCAGGGCUGAAGGCAUUUGCCUUGCACAUGGCUGACCCUGGUUAAGACCCCUGAGCCCUGCCAGGAGUUAUCCCUGAGCUCCAGAGCCAGGAGUCAGCCCUGAGCACUGCCGGGUGUGACCCGAAAUCCCCUUAAAAAGAGUCCCUGAAUGCUGGUUACAUCCGAGUCGGAGACUUUCCCCCGAUAUCCCGUAUGGAUGGCUGUCGUAUUUGGGGUACCCUGCCCCCUCUCGGAUGUUCCGAGAGCUGUGUGCUGAAAGGACUCUAUCCCACUUCCUAGACCAGCCUAUGUUGUUCCCAUCACCUUGAUAAGCAUAAACAUUUUAGUAUCCAAAGCCCACCAGGCAAAACUGUUCGCACGUGGGCUCCACUGAAAACCAGAGAGGUUCUCUGAUGUUUACGGAGAACCCGCCGCUAACCAGGGUUUCUUUCUAUGCUGUGCUAGCCAUGCGAAGCUGUCUUCCAGGAGCCCCGGCUCUCCACGCCUUUCAUUGUAAAGGAUCAUGUUCCGUAGGGUAGUGUUUCGAAAACCGUGUUCCUCGGCACCUUCCCCGUCACCCGCAAAUGCCUUUCCGAGAACAGUUUUCCCUGAGAGAAGGGGAUCAUGAGCCCAGACAGGGCGUGGUGCUUUGCAGUCCCAACGGGCGCCACUAGAAGGCGAUUCUCCCGGGUGGAACCACUUAAGAGUCGCUCGUGGAUCCUUCCCAGGCUGCUAGCGCCACCUACCGGCUUCCUGUGGCAUUGCCGUGCAGGCUUCGGAGAACGUGGCGGUGGGCAGGAAAGAGGGUGAGGGGAGGGCGUGGACCCGAAUCAUGGGCAUCUGUGGACAUUUGGCUUUUCCCUCUUGUGGGAGUGGGGCCUGUACUUCCUGUGUAUUCCACGAUACAUUCGUGGCAGCCCUUAAGGCCCCCUACGUGCCCAUCUCCAGCUGAGGAGGUGCCCUCUCCCUAGGAAGGUUCUAGAAGCUGGGGUCCUAGUUCCCACACCCUGGAGGCCGCCCUGACCACGCUGUGUGUGCAGGCAGGUCCUGAGGCAGGUGGGGAUCCAGCUUGGGUCCCCUGGAAGGUGGGAGAAGUGGGCCUGAGCAUUUACUUUGAUGAUACAGCAGACCCCAGCAGCCUGGCCUGAGUCCAGAGGGACACCUGUGGUCACUGUUUGGGGCUCCCUGGUCCACCUGGCAGCUCCGAGCCCAGGAGCCCUUCCCUGGAGCCUGAGCACUGGCAAUAGAGCCCUUCCUUUCCUCUCCUGCGGGUGGAGAGAGCUAUGCCAGCCCCUGCUACCAAGUCACCGUCCAGGAAGUGGAGUUGAAUCCGGGUGCCUCAUGCUGCCCAGGUGAAAGGUGCUCCGGGCCACUGAGUCCCUCCAGGCUGGGCCAGUUGGACAUCUACAGGUCCAGCUAAUAGGGUGAAACUAGUGGCCAGGGAGGAGGCCAGUAGUUGGAGAUCUCAGCUCCUAGAGCCAGGCGAUCAUGGACUCAUGUGCCCAAUUUUUAGUGUGCUUAGUAUUUGCUUCCGUGAGAUUGCACAGGGCAGAACUCCCCAAAACUUUUGUGGUUCUGCUGGCACCUUGCAAACCAAUCUAAGUUACACACACACACACACACACACACACACACACACAGAGCAAUAAUCCUUUCGACCUUUCCUGAUUCUCUCCGGGGCUAUCAAGUUUACCGAGCAGAGUGGAGCUAAAGUCACAAAUUCACCUCGCAUGCAACCCGACCCCAGGGCUUGGAAAGACGUAGUGGUUUUUCUCUGGAUUUCAAAAAGUGCUUUCUAGACGCUUUUUUCUAGAAGAUGAUGGUGUCAGCAUCUAUUCUCAUGAGUGAGUGUGUUGAGGUCCACUUGACAAAAUCAACUUCCUUCGUCGGUGACCUGCUCAGCACUCACUCUGUCACGGACACAGAAGCUAUUCUAGCAAGAUCUUGGCUAGUGGAAUUUCUUUUCUUUUCCUUUUUAAAAAUUAUAACACCGUGACUUACCAAGUUGUUCACAACACGGUUAUUUCAGGCAUCCAGUGUUCCACCACCAGUCCCACUGCUAGUGUACCCUCCCCCCACCAAGGCCUUCAGUUUCCUACCCACCACCCCAGACUGCCCCCUUCCAGCCACAAGCAAAUUAACUGCAUAUUGUUUGUUACAACACAAAGGCAAAUGGGGGGGGGGGCUGGAGUGAUAGCUCAGCCGGUAAGGCGUUUGCCUUGCACGCAGCGAACCCAGGUUUGAUUCCCAGCAUCCCAUAUGGUCCCCUGAGCACUGCCAGGAGUAAUUCCUGAGUGCAUGAACCAGGAAUAACUCCUAUGCAUUGCCAGGUGUGACCCAAAAAGAAAAAAAAAACAAAGGCAAAUGGGAUUAUCAAGACUUAGACCACUGAGUCAAUUUGUGAUCAUUGUUACAUCUCAGGAUGAUGUCACUGAAGCCAGUGUCUGAGGCUCUGCCGUGCUGGCUGGGGCUAGCCGCGCCUUCUGUGGUAUUGUUUAGUCUCACUGGGCUUGGUGGGCAUCUAUGCAACUUCCCCAUCAGAUUUGUCUUGCUCCUACUGGGCUGACAGUACUAGGAAAUUUUGAGGUGCCAUAUGUGUCUGCGAGAUCAGGAGCUAUAUAGGUCUGGAACAAUUUGAUGUCUUGGCAGUUGGAUGAAGUUUAGUUGGGGGGCUGGGCCUUUUCUUGGUUGGAGGGUGUUGGGUACAGCUGUGGGCUACUGGCCCUUCAGGCAGAAAGAGGAAUCUGCCCAUCCCCCUUCCCAGGAGGUCCCUGAGUUUUCAGCCUGGACCAGUCUACCUGGGAAGAUUUGACAGUAUCAUGUUCUUUUGGAGCCGUGGUGUCGGGCCAGUUCUUUACUGGCAAGAUGGCCUAAAAUUUAAUUUUUAUUCAUGAAAUUAGAAAACAUACAUUACCAGUGGCCCAAGUGUCUUUGAACUGUGAUGCCAACUUCAGAUCUUUUCUGCUAAUAUCUGUACCCACCUGGGUCCCCCUGCCCUGACCACAGUUUCCCUGGAGUAGAGAGAGAAACUGGCAACCACUCAUGUUGGGUAGCCUUGCAUUGUUUGCUUUGCAAUCUCACACCUGUAGGUGGCCACCCGCAUAUGUAAAUACACGUAUGCAGAUGAGAGUCUAUGACAAAAAUACCCUGUAUUGGGCCAGCGAGAUAAUACAGGAUUAAGGUGGUUGCCUUGCAUGUACCCGACCGGGUUCAAAUCCCUGGCAUCACUCAUGGGUCCUUUCUGAGCACAGAGCUAAGAGUACCCUCAUAGCACAGCCAGAUGUGGUCCCCCAGCUCCCACCCCAAAUGACUGAAGCCAAUCAUUUCUCAGCUUCAGGUUCUUUGCAUUUUAUAUGGUUUCAGCUAAGAAAAAAAAAAUGCAGACAUUCACUACAUAAAAUGAAAAAAAAAAGUCGUGCGCCUUUACACAGCGUCUCACAAAAAUCUCUGCCGGGCGCAUCUCUGGAUGUCUGUGACUGCCUGUACACGUGGUAUGCAAGAGUUGCAUAAACUAACCCAGACUUUGUAGUCAAAACUAUUUAACUUGCUAUUGUAAAGUGUGAUUUGUCAUUUGAGAGAUUAUUUUUCUGUAUGUAUAUGAGAGUAUUUUAGGAAUCUAAGUGCAUAAACUUAUAGAAAAAAAAAUUAAAAACACCUAUUCUAGGAGUAGCCAUGCUUAAUCAGGUCGUGAGUUCAUCCCCACAGAAUAUCUUCCAUUAAAACAAACAAAACUCUAGGCAGCGGAUGUUAGAAAUUCAAAUAUGUCUCGUUCUUUCGGGGCGAAAAAUAGGAUGCUUUUGAAUGAGCCGGUGUGAAGCAGCUGGCCCUGAAGGCUGGGUGGGUCGGGAUGAGACAGUCCAUCAGGUUUGUGUGUGGCAGAAACUUCCACAGGUGGGGAGUGGGGGCUGAGACAGUUGCUCUUCUGAAUGUGGGCAGGAGGCCACCCCGCCUCCGGUGUGUGUGGGGGCGUCUCUCUUUUGCCUGUUUCUCUCUGGGUGGGUAUGGCUUAUUCCUCUGUAUUUGCCUCUUUGGGGAAAGUUUCUGGGUUUCUUCCCCAUUGCACAGCUUGGGUGCAGGGUGUGUGGUUGAAGGAUGAAGUUUGGCAUUUCUGGGUUAAGUUGAUCCUUAAUCUGGAGAUUCGGGUCCCCAAGGGAGGAGACCUCCUGGGCCCUUCCAGGAAAGUGUUGGUUCCAUUGGACCUGGCCUUCCGUGUUCCAUAAAUGUCCCUGCAGGCCUCCUGGGGGAGGGCUGGGAGGCGAACAAUCCCGCCUUACUCCAUGCCCGGACCCAAAGGCCCCUGGAAAUCACUUCAGGAAGUGGCGGCCCUGGAAAUGAUGCCAGGGAGAGAUGAGCCAGCUCCUGGAGGGAGAGGGGUGGUGUCUCUGGAGCAGCGUGUGUGGACACGAGGACCAAUGGCUUGAGUGGACCUAAGGGAUUUCCGCAUAUCUUUCAGCAAGGCUGUCCUUCUGUCCCAGCUGGCAGGGCCAGCAUUGGCCCUGGCUAGAUCCAAGGGGCUCCCAGGGUCUCUGGAGUUCUUGGUGGGGCCCAAGGCUGGGAUUGCUCUCUAGAAGCUUCCUGCCAUCUCUCGAGUCCCACAGGUGACCUGUCCCACGAGGAGGGGUCGCUGUGUGCUGUGACUGACUUAGUCUUCCACCGGGAAGCCUUUCCGAGGUCUCCUGUCUCCUUGAGCCCGGGCAGGCAUUUCAGAACUGCACGAGACCCCUGUCUGUUCCGAGCACUGUGCCCUCCCGGCUGGGGUAGCAGAAGGGUUGUGAGAGGGACCGGGCCAGCUAGUCACCUACCCCCCUGGGCCCACGGAGCUCUGAAGCUCAGAGACUAGAAGCACCGGGAGGCCCCAUUUGCCUUUGCCUAUUUGGAAAAGAAGGUGCCGGUGUUGACACGGGUCACCUGUGUUUCCGGUGACAAGCGGGGCUCAUCUGCUGUCACGAGCUUCCCCCCACAGCUCUGCCCAGAGAUGGGCGUCAGCCCCUUGCCCCUGGCGCCCCGUUGACUGUAAUAUACUUCUGUUGCCAAAAUAAAAGUACUGUUCAAUUUUCCAUCGAAGGGAGACCAUGUUGUCCGAUAUGUAAUGUCAAUGGAGUUCUGAAGAUAACUAGACACUAUUAUCCAUUGUAGAAUUUUGUAUAUGUCUAAGGUUUGACGAAGCAGAGCCCGAACACUGUUUCUCUAUUUGUUUAAAAGGAGCUGGGGUUGGUUUUGCUGUUUGAGUGUCCCUUUGGCACCUUAUCAUGUGUAAAACGUUCAAUUCUGUCAGUUCAGAUUAUGGUAACUGGUUUUGUUUGAAUUCCUCUAAGCCAGUAGCAACAUCACUACAAAUUGCUGUUCCUGUAUAUCUUGAACCUGAAAAAGAACAAUCUCUUUGACAACUCUUUGGUCAUUUUGACCUGUACGGUUUAAUUUCACAUAGUUCAUGAAUAAAAUGAGAAAAGCCGA